UGUCUGCAAGUUGAAAGCGAAUAUAUUAUAUAAAUGCGAGUUUUAGUUUAAAAAAUAGGAGUAUUAUUGCAGAAGUCGUAAGAAGUAAUACGCCAAAGGUAGGACCAACAAUGACAAAACUUGCCAUCAUAAGUUGCAUCAUCGCAGCUGUUUGCAUUUUCCAAACAGCAGAAGCUGGAAUUUUUGACUCGCCGUUAGGUGGUCUAUUGGAUGGUGCGAAAGGUAAACUCGAAGAGGGUAGAAAAGGAAUGGUUGAUGGCGUGAAAGGUAUAGAAGAUAAAAUCAAAGAGCAAGGAAAAGGAAUGCUUGACAGCGCAAAAGAGCUAGAAGAAAAAGCCCAAAAAGGUGUAAAGGACGCGAUUGAUCACAUAAAAACUGAAAUUGAAAAAUCCAAAGAACAAUUACAAAAUGGUUUGGCAUGCACUAAAUUGUACAAAGAAGGACAAGAAGUUUUCAAUAAUGUAGUAGAAGAGUUUCAGACUUGCUUUAAGAAAGAAACUAAAUCUGCUACAGGAAACAUUCAAAAAUUGGCAAGUUCAGUAAGUAGGCUGGAAGAAAGUUUGUCAAAUAUCUUCCAAAAAUUGUCUCAAUGUAUAGAAAAAAGUCCUAUGAACUUUUUGUCAUGCUUCAGUGAGAUUCCGAACAGUCUUCAACAACUAGGUCCUCAGAUUGAAGACAUUGUGUACACGGCGUAUGAGCUCAUCGGAAUUUUCCCCAAAGUAGCAAGCUGUUAUGAACAAGCGAUUACAAAAGUAUCCGGCAAAUCUCUUAAUAAUCUUGUCACAGAUGGAGGAAAAUGCAUCCAAAGUGUUUUAAGCCCAUUAAAUAAUUUAUAAAUCAUUAUGUUUAAAAUGAAUAAUAUAUAUUUGUAACUAUAUUACUAUAUAUACACAUAUAUAUGUAUAGUAAUAUCAUAAUACAAUAAAUAUGUACAUGCACAUAUCACUACUGUGAGUGUUAUAUUACAAGAAGAUUCUUUUCUCACGCUGCACGAAUUUUUUAAAAUAUAAAAUAUAACCAAUAAAUGGCAA